UCUCCGGAUCAAUACAAAACCCGACUUUCGAUCCUAGUUCUUUUAAUCUCAACCAUUUAUUCAAGGGGCGUUUUACUUGUAAAAGACUAUUAUCUAAUCAGAAACGAUGGCAGGAGACCCGUGGGUUAUCCAGCCUCACGAGCAUGCCAAGUUUGCGGAACACUUCCGUAAUCUUGGACCCAUCAAUGGUACCCUUACCGGAGAGCAAGCAAAGAGAUUCAUGUUGCAAUCUCAAUUACCACCACCAAUUCUCGGUCAGAUCUGGUCUCUUGCGGAUACAAAUGCAGAUGGAAAACUCGACCUUAAAGAGUUCUCUAUUGCGUGCAAGAUAAUCAACCUCAAACUCCAUGGAAUUGAAAUACCUAAAGUGUUGCCACCAUCAUUGCUCGCAUCUCUGAGUCCUACAGGACCAAAACAAUUUGUAACACCCACAAAGCCUCCAAUCCCUCCAAUGCCAAUAAUCCCAACUCAACCCCAACAGCCAUUAAUUUCAGGUCUACCCACACAACCGAUCCAAUCUCAACCGAUCCAAUCCAACCAAUCACUACUCGGAGAUUUCGGUUCUCAACCUUUAAUUAAUACAGGCCCAACUGUACCACAACCAUCACCUAUCUUACCACCAACAAAACCAACCGUACCUGAUCUCAUAUCAGGUGUAAAACCACCCCAAACUCAACCAUUAGUUGGUCCACCGUUAAUACCAAACCAACCAUUGAUCCCAACAGCUCCAAUCACUCAACCACUCUCACAGCCUUUGAUGAGUCAAACUCAAACUUUAAUGAGUCAAACUCAAUCAAUAUCUACAUCCCAACCGUUGACUACUCAACCAUUAAUGGGUUCCCAACCUUUAAUACCAUCUCAGCCAUUGAUCGGUUCAUCUCAAACAUUAAUCCCAAUGUCGGACCAAACUCAACCACUCAUCAGUACAGCACCAACUCAACAAACUCAACCUCUAGUAGGAAAUCAACCGUUAGUGGGAACAACUCAACCACUCAUUGGACCAACACCAUUAAUCCCGUCAUCCCAACCCCAACCUAUACCAACAGGAACUACCGUUGGUUCGUUGAUCAGUAGCCCACCAAAGGCCAGUGUUACGACGGUCGCGGAUUCAAUUUCAAGUCAACCAGUGACUUCUACACCAAUCACUGCGGUUAAAAGUGAUUCAUUUUCUAAACCUGCUUCUUUAGUGGGAAGUCCUGCAGAAUCCCCCAUGGGUGUCAUGACACCACCGCCUACUGUCGAAUGGGGGAUACCACAACCGCAAAAACUUAAGUACACUCAACUAUUCAACGUAACUGAUCGUGCGAAGACAGGCUGGGUGUCAGGUGCACAAGCAAGAGCACUCAUGCUCCAGUCUCGGCUACCUCAGCCCGCACUGGCUCAGAUAUGGGCACUGGCAGAUCUGGACGCUGAUGGAAAACUUGGCUGCGAGGAGUUUGUCCUAGCGAUGUACUUAUGUGAGAGAGCUACUCACGGUGAUCCAGUACCCGCUAAGUUACCUCCUGAACUUAUACCUCCUACAUUCAGACGUGAAUCGGUGACAAGCACGAGUAGUGCCAAGUCCUACGAAGAGAGAAGAAGAGAGAAUAUGGCAAGAGGACAGGCAGAGUUAGAACGAAGGAGAUCUCAGUUAGCUGACGCUCAUAUGAAGGAGAAGGAAGAAGAGGCCGAAAGAGAACGGAAGGAGAGAGAAGAAGCCGAGAAGAGAGAGAAACUACGUCUAGAAGCUCAGAAGAAGGAACAAGAAGAAUUAAUGCGGAAACAGAAAGAAGAACAGGAGAAAAGAGAAGCAGCAAGGAAAGAGAUGGAAAGACAGUGUCAGUUGGAGUGGGAAAAGAAGAGGACUCGUGAGCUCGAGGCCCUAAGGGCUGAUGAGCAGGCCAAGGUUCUAGCCCUUAAGGCCCGCAGUGCGACCCUAACAGCAUCUCUAGGGGCAGCUGCACAGAGGGCCUCGACAUUAGCAAAGUCGAUACGUGACACGCGCACCAGUGUCGCUGCUGCCAAGUGUACAAUUGAUGGCAUGAGAUCGGAUCGUGAUGCCAGUAUGGCUGAAAUGCAACAAUUAAAAGCUAAAGUGAAAGAAUUAAACGCUAAACAAAUCGCUUUGAAUAAAGAGAAAGCUGAAUUAGAUGCUAAGGCUAAAGUGUCAGAAGGUUCUGGAGAAGAUGGUAAAUUAAAUAUGAUGGAAGUAACUUUGAAACAACUUAAAGAUAAGGUGGAAGCGGCUAAAGCACUAGUUGAUACUAAAAAAUCAGAUCUAGAAAGUAAUCAGAAACAACUGUCAGAUUUGACAGAUACUGUGACACAAUUGGGUGAUAAAUGUGAGAGAGUAUGGAAGAUGUAUGAAGAGAAGAGGAAAGAGUUUGUGGAGAAGAGAAGUACAGCGCCCGCGGAACAAGCUUGGACUGCCGAUGCAGAAUGGGGUGCAAAUGAAGAUGCUUGGGGUGGUAGUGAAGAUGCGUGGGGUGAUGCAGCUACCACUAAUGCUACAGAGGCAGUAUCCACUAGCUCUGCCCCUCGUUGGAGGUGUGUGUAUGAGUUUAAUGCGAGAACUGCUGAUGAAUUAAGUUUGCAGCCUGGAGAUUUGGUAAGUGAAGCAAAUGCACCAAGAGCUGAUGCUGAACCAGGUUGGCGUUGGGGUACAGCUAGAGGUCAAUCAGGUUGGUUCCCUGAAUCUUACGUGGAGGAUAUAAAUGCAGCGAUGUCGUAUGUAGAACCAAUGGAAGUCAUAGAAACUAAAACACCAUUAGAAGGUAUAGCUGAAGUACCUGAAGCUGAAAUCACCAAUGACUUAGGAGGAGCUAUGCCUAUAGUUGAAGGAGGCGACUUCUAUAUCGCUGCAUAUCCUUACGUAUCCUCUGAACCUGGUGACCUCACAUUUGAAGCUGGUGAGAGGAUAGAAGUGUUGAGAAGAGAUGGAGACUGGUGGACAGGCAGGAUUGGGAAUAGGAAUGGUAUCUUCCCAUCUAAUUACGUAACAAAAGAUACGAUAUCAUCAAGUGAACCUAUAUCCACUAUCCCGGAGGCCGCAGAGCCCGCCCCUGAACCAGAAGCACCGCCUAUUGCGGAAGCCCCGCCCACUUCUGUGGCCCCGCCCACAAACAAUACGCCACCUGUCACAGAUGUUGACUUUGUACCUACAUCUCCGCCUGUACAGGAGCAGAAGUCUUCAACCCCCAUAUCAUCAGAGGUGGCGGCGAUCACGGAGUCUGCGGGGGCUGCGCCCUCCCCCCGCCCCGCCUCCGUCACCCGCCGGGACUCCACGCGGGACUCCGGCCGGGAGUCGGGCCGGGACUCUGUCACCGGUCGCAAGAAAAACGAGAUCGCUCAAGCUAUCGCCUCUUAUACAGCUACGAGUGCGGAGCAGCUGUCCCUACAGAAGGGUCAGCUGUUGGUGGUCCGCAAGAAAGCGGACAGCGGCUGGUGGGAAGGGGAAUUGCAAGCCAAGGGAAGGAACCGGCAGGUCGGCUGGUUCCCUGCCAGUUAUGUCAAGGUACUCCAAUCUUCAGGCAGAACAUCAGGACGUACGACUCCGGUGUUAUCCAAAAUGGAUACAGUGCCAUCAGAGACUGUCAUAGACAAGGUGAUAGCUCUAUAUCCAUACACAGCACAGAACGCUGACGAGCUGAGCUUCGAAAAGGAUGACAUCAUAGCUGUCACUGACAGGAGCCAGGAUCCCGCGUGGUGGCAAGGUGAACUCCGCGGUAUGACUGGACUAUUCCCGAGCAACUAUGUCACUAAACUUGUUAAUUAAUUACAUACAAACAUACAUACAU